CGCAAGAAGUUGACAAAAAUGAAAGAAAAUCACCAGAAGUUUCCUCCACUCUUGCUCACAAUGAUCAAAUCUCCACUCUAUGUAGCCUUAUUCGCUGCUUAUCUCUACCGAUCCCACAAGAAGAGGAGGGAAUCCCUCCACGCCCCCAACCGUUAGCUGCUUCCCGACCGACCACACCUACGUAGGCAGCUAUGCCGAUUACGGCUCCAGCUUCCUUGCCUUGCCACCGCACUUCUGCUUUCAUCCCCAGGCUCCCGCGUUCAUUGCCUACUCUCCAGCCCUCUCCUACUCCCGGCUAUCGCGGUUUCUUUCCUGCAAGAAUCCGAGCGAGCUCUUCUAUUGCUCUGAAGCCCGAAUCAUAUGUUGAAGAUCAAGAUACUUCAUCUGCGGACUUGUUUGCUUGCCCCAUUUGUUAUGAGCCGCUAAUCAAGAAAGGACCUUCUGGUUUCAACUUGCCAGCACUCUAUAGAUCUGCUUUUAAAUGUACAAAGUGCAACAAGUCAUACUCCAGCAAAAACAUCUACAUUGAUCUUACUGUUACUUCUGGCGCAAAAGAGUACAAUGAGUUCAAACCUACUGGGACUGAACUAUUCAGGAGUCCACUUGUUUCAUUUGCAUAUGAAAGGGGCUGGCGCCAAAAUUUCAACCGAAGUGGAUUUCCUGGUCCUGAUGAAGAGUUCAAUAUGGCCCAGGAAUACUUCCAACCAGCUCAAGGUGGAGUGCUUGUAGAUGUCAGCUGUGGCAGUGGGUUGUUCUCCAGGAAAUUUGCCAAAUCAGGGGCCUACUCAAGAGUUAUUGCACUUGACUUUUCUGAGAAUAUGCUUCUCCAGUGUUACAAUUUCAUUAAAGAUGAUGAUACCAUCUUAAGCUCCAAUCUUGCACUUGUGAGAGCUGAUGUUUCAAGGCUUCCAUUUCCAUCUGGCUCUAUUGAUGCCGUUCAUGCUGGUGCAGCCUUGCAUUGCUGGCCAUCUCCUUCAAAUGCAGUUGCUGAAAUCAACCGAAUAUUACGAAGUGGUGGAGUUUUUGUUGGAAGCACUUUUCUUCGAAAUAAUCCAUCAGUCCCUUCCUUCUUAAGACCUUUUAGACAGAUGAUGAUGAGGAACAACUAUUUCACGGCCGAGGAGAUUGAAGAGUUGUGCACAUCUUGCGGUCUCAUUGAUUACACGAAAAGAAUACAGCAAUCCUUCAUCAUGUUCUCCGCCCAAAAACCUUAAGUAUAUGUUGGUUACGGGGAAAUUGCAAAAAAUAUCUCCCAUGUAUACCAAUUAUUAUUUUUGUCCUAUAUUUAUCUUGUUGGAAAAAUAUAUUCCUCAUGUUUGCAAAAGUCGCUAUUUUUAUCCCCUUUGGCCGCGCGUGGGGUGAAUGUAAUGCACAGACAAAGGACAAAAAUAACGACUUCUGCAAAUAUGUAAGAUAUAUUUUAUCACAGAGAUAAAUACAGAUGGUGUAUACAUGAGGUAUAUUUUCUGCAAUUUUCUCGUUGGUUAUGGAACACCAUGAUGUGUUUCUGCAAACCAUAAGAUAAUCUGAUGUCUUCUUGUUUGAUGAUGGCGCCGAACCGAUUCAAGAUACGUUCCGAUCUUCUUCACAUUUUGAGGUUGUCUUUCACUUGCUUUAUUUACUUGUUGUAGUUAAUAAAACCCAUAUUACGAUGGUAGUUGAGAAUGUAAAGCAAGCUAAAUAUAGUGAAAUGAACAUAGAAAAAAUUUCAAUGUUGGUUC